GCGGAAGUGAAUGUAACAAGUCAUAUGACCAGGCACCAGCUGGAGAAAAUGCUCACCUGGCAUGGAUAGACGGCACUAGACACAGUGACUAACGUUUACAAGCAGCUGAUAAAGACCGUGUUAGGACUCGGUGAACAUCUGUGGUGAGUUGUGACCGGACAGACACGCGUUGUGGUCAUUUGCUGUCGGUACCAGAUGCUUUCCAACAAUUAGCAGUUGAGCUAGCAACAGAGAACCACGAUGGAUGAAAUUAAAGUGUCUCCUGAUUAUAACUGGUUCAGAAGCACAGUGCCCCUGAAAAGAAUUAUUGUUGAUGAUGAUGACAGUAAGGUGUGGUCGUUAUAUGAUGCUGGCCCAAAGAGCAUCAGAUGUCCCAUCAUCUUUCUUCCUCCAGUCAGCGGGACGGCUGAGGUGUUCUUCCAACAGGUGCUCGCACUGACAGGCUGGGGCUACAGAGUCAUCUCGCUGCAAUAUCCGGUGUACUGGAACCUCAUGGAGUUCUGUGAUGGCUUCAGAAAGCUUCUGGAUCAUCUGCAGCUGGAUAAAGUCCAUCUGUUUGGAGCAUCUCUGGGUGGAUUCUUGGCUCAGAAGUUUGCUGAAUGCACACACAAGUCUCCUCGAGUGCACUCUCUGAUACUGUGUAAUUCAUUCAGUGACACCUCCAUCUUUAACCAGACGUGGACAGCAAACAGUUUCUGGUUGAUGCCAGCUUUUUUGUUGAAGAAGAUUGUCCUGGGGAACUUUGCUAAAGGACCUGUUGACCCUAAAAUGGCAGAUGCAAUUGAUUUCAUGGUAGACAGGUUGGAGAGUCUGAACCAAAGUGAGUUAGCAUCACGACUGACACUUAACUGCCAGAACUCUUAUGUGGAACCACACAAAAUAAAAGAUGUAGCUGUGACCAUUAUAGAUGUGUUUGAUCAGAGUGCUCUGUCACUGGAGGCCAAGGAGGAGAUGUAUAAACUGUAUCCUAAUGCUAGAAGAGCUCAUCUGAAAACAGGUGGAAACUUCCCAUACCUGUGCAGGAGCGCAGAGGUCAACCUUUACAUACAGAUUCACCUGCGUCAGUUCCAUGGAACAAGAUAUGCUGCCAUAAGUCCUGCCAUGGUGAGCGCAGAGGAGUUACAGGUGCAUGAUAGUCACCUGAGCAGUAACCAGAACUCUGAAGGCAACCAAGGAGACGACAUUUAGUCGCAGGCUGUCUGUUCCAGUCAUCUCAACAGUUUCUGUAUUUCCUCCUGAACUUAUUUCACAGGACUUUCUAAAGAUUUUUUAUGAAGCUGAACAGCCAGCAAGCUGGCUGAAAAUAAUUUUUUUGAAAGAUGAAGCAAUAUUUUGAUAAUGACCUAUAUACAAAUGGUACUUUGUCGCUUUGCUUUAAAGACAUACAACAAAUUGCCUUAUGUAGAAUGAAUUGUUGCACUCAUGCACUGCCUGAACUGUGUUCAUGUCUAUUUGUAAUAUAAGUUGUGGUUAACAAUGCCAUCGGUUAACUGGAGUGUUGUUGACAAAGAUGAAACAGUUGUUAUAGAGGCAUAUAGGCAUAUAAGUGCUUGUGUAAUUUACUGAGAUAAUUUUUUUUCUCUUUGUUUUAGAAUACAGUCAUAUUUUUCAAUUUCA